CUACUUGAAGCUUAAGAACUAGUAGAGAACUGCUGCAUACAGCAAAGGACCGCCGCCUUCGGACACCCGUUGCGAGAACCGAUUCGUUGACUCACCGCUCCUCCAGUAUAUCAACGACAGCAACGCAUAUACAUACAUAAUCUCGUCUUCAAGCUCCACCACCCUAAAGCUUGUAACAACAUAUCCAACCACGGACACUCUUUUUCAUAUUCACACUAUCGUAUCCAUGUCCUUAUAACGACCUUUUCCUUUCACUCUUUCAGGACCACGCGUCCCAACUGUUCACGAUUAUUUCGCCGCUUUCAUUUGUUCUACAAAAUUUUGACAUACCCUGGAUGAGCCUCUGACCUGUUAACGACCUGGAGUUAUUUGUUUUUCUUUUCCCAUAAACGGCAUAUUGUAUAUCGCUUCCGAUCUCUCAACAACUCGACCUCUUCUCUUACUUGGGUUGGCCAACUUCGCUUAUCAACUGUUCUCUCCCAUCUAUUCUAUCCCAUCGCUUCCGGCACCUUUCUUGCUCUACUUCUAGCUCUGUACAAGAACGCAAAAAAACUUUCCAUCGGUUUCAAGCAUCCAGAUACCCUUCAUAUUCCCUUUCCAAUUAGACAUCGGGCAAGGGGAUAGGAAUUUGUUCACUUGUACGAUCAGCUACGGUUGUUUAAUCAACCGGUUUCUUCCUUCACCACUAUUCAGAUACCUGUCUCACGUCGAGACAGCGUCAUGGAAUGCUUGAGAAACAAGUUUUACGAUGGCGUUAUUCUCGAUGGGAGGUUUCAAACAAUCGCCCCUCUUAAUCAUGGAUCUUUCGGAAUGGUCUUCACGGCCAAGGAUCUGCAAACCAACGAGCUCGUCGCUGUGAAGUGUUUAACCAAGAAGGGCGCUGCCAACGAGGUCGGAAUCGAGUUUGCUGUGGAUGAGAAUUCCGAGGAGCUUCUCUGCCACCGCCGUCUAGGUGCCCACCCCAACAUUGUCAACUUGGUCCACUCGUUCGAGACGGAUGCCCACGUCUACCUCGUUCUCGAGUAUUGCUCGCGCGGCGACCUGUACGAGGCCAUUCGCACCGGAUCCGGCCCCCUCGAGACUGAACAUGUGCGCCAAUUCAUGCUUGAACUCGUCGACGCUGUUUCCUACAUGCAUUCGAAGGGAAUCUACCACCGAGACAUUAAGCCCGAGAACAUUUUCCUCGCCGAAUCGGGUGCAAUGAAGCUUGGUGAUUUUGGAUUGGCUACUACAGAUAGAUGGAGCUACGAGACAACCGUCGGAAGUGAUAGGUACAUGUCACCGGAGCAGUAUGACUCGGCCGGAGCUGGAUACUCGCCAGCCCAGGCGGACAUUUGGGCAAUCGGCAUCUGCCUGCUCAACAUUCUCUUCUCACGAAACCCCUUUAACACCCCAACCGAGGACGACCUCUUGUUCCUGGAUUUCUCACGUGACAAGCAGUCGCUCUUUGACGUCUUCCCUACCAUGUCUCAAGACACUUACGAAGUCAUCGUUCAGUGUAUGAAUCUUGAUCCUCAGAAGCGGUCGCUGGUGGGUGCGAGGAACGCCCUUCGCCGUGUUGUCAGUUUCACCACCCUCGAAGAGGCGCUUGAUGAUUUCUGCACGGCCGAGCGUUCCAACGUUGCUACUGCCAACCGCGAGCCUCUGCGGACUCCUUCAGUCCAGAGCCCCCAGGUCGAUCAGGGUGCGUUCCCGUGGGCCAAGGCCUUGCAUGCAAACACGUUCCAAGGCAUCCGCCAACUCAGCGCUAUCCCUGACGAUGAGAGUUACACUGAGGACCUCUUCUCCAAGUCGGGAGGUACCACGGAUUGGAUGUCGGGCUCUGUCGAGACACCUUCUAUUUCUUCUAUCUUGACGUCUAACCUCGCGGCAUCUAUGAACCCUCUCAACAUCUCGCGACCUAUGGAUGUACCGACCCGCGCUCCCAAGGUGUCCCCUAUGUCAGGAUCUUUACCAAUUACUAUGUCCAAGCCUAGGCCGACUCUCAGCGCCAUGUCCAUGGUAUUCGGUCGCCAGAAGGAAGCCGUUUCCAAGAGCUGGAGUGACAUGUGGGAUGAGGAUUUUGAGGAAGAUGAGGAGGAACGUGCCCGUCAGUUGAAGGCGCUCAAGGAGCUCAAUUCGAGGACCUGGAGUCAGGAGAGCAAGGAGGCUACCCGCACCCCCAAGCAGGAUCAGGCAUCCUUGCACCAGGCGCCAGCGUCUGAUAAUGAGAAGCCUGAGGCUUCGCCUGUGAAUGAUACUAUAUCGAACGAUAUCGACGGGGACUUGGUUGCGGAUGGAUUUUUCUUUCACGAACCCGUCGCUGUUGAGCAGCCUCAGGAAUUCCCGCCUCGCUACUCGCCACCGUCGAAGCGCAGUCACCUCGACAAGUGGGAGGCACUUGGGGAACGCCGCAGAGCUGCGACAGGAGCAUCGGAACCCAAGUCGCCGGACUUCUCAACGAAGUCUCGACGACAAUUCGGAAUCGGCUUUAAUAAUUUGCAAGGAGCAGGUAUGGGACUUUGGGAUCACGCCAAUCAACAGCACACCAACACCAACAACCAUCACCAUAAGUGGAAUCGGGAUAAUCGCGCCACAUCACGCGAGUGCCCAUGGAACAAGGGCCGAGAUUGGAAUUGGCGGAAGGAGAGACGCCAUGAUCUCGAUAUGGAGUGGGUUGGCCACUGGCAGGAAGCUCACUGAGCUCACCCUAGCCAGCGUCGCCACUUGUAGUUGAGCUCAUCAUUCCACAACCGCACGGGUAAUGUCUAAUAACGGGUUUACUGCUGCUGCUGCUACUUUCUUUCGUUGGUACUCUUACCAUUUCUUGUUCUUAAUACAAUUAGGACCUGUACUUUUUCGGAGCAGGAGAUGAAUGGUUAAGAAAGAAGGAAAUUUUUGGCAGACUUAGCAGCAGCAGUACAACACCCUUUACACAGCAUUCCUGGUGGAUUGAUCUAGCUUCAACUCGCUCUCUAGGUAUUAGAUAUUCUCCAGAUUAUUCAAAGAAUACCAGAAGUUACCCACUCAGAU